CUUUCCAACCCUCCCAACGGUCGUAUUUCUCCACACAGAUUCAUCAAAACCAUCAAUGGCCGUUUCAUUUCCUCUUCCCUUUAAACCCAAACUCCACUCCCAUUCAAUCCAAUCCUCUUCUUCUUCUUCCUCUUUCAUCCAUUCUUUUUACUUUUUUAUUAUUUGAUUUCCACUUUUCGCCUCUCUUCGUCGCCUAAUCAUGCGCUGCUUUCGAGCUUGUUUUGGUCGUUUGAAGCGCCGAAAACCGAGAAAGUCUACCGUCGGAAUUUCCCCUUCAAAUCAUAUUGUUAAUGCUUCUGAAGGUGUUCGUGAAUCGGAAAAAGCGAAGGAAGUGGCUGAUGCUUCGUUGAUUAACAUAAAUAAGAAUUCUCUAUGUUCUUUAAUAAACAGAGAGAAACGUGAAGAGCAGAUUGAUCUGCGUCACACAACUGAAAAAGUACACCCAAUUGUUGAGAAUGUAAAAGUGGUUCCUACUAAGAAUGUUGAAAAUAAUUUGGAUAAGAUUAAGAAAAAGGAGAAGAGUAGAAUGGAUAUUGAUGAAUCAAGAAAUAGCUCAACUAUAUCAAAUGCAUUUUCCUUACCUCUCAAUCAUAGGUAUUCAAAUUACCAAAACAGUGAUGAUGAAGAAUAUGUAGUAAAUGGGGGCUGUUUAGAUGAAAAAGAAGAACGAAAACAUGAUGCUGGUGGUGGGAAAAGAAAAAUUAAGUUAUUAAGUAAGCAAGUGUCUUCAGAUUCUCUCUUUUCUUUGUCAAUGGGUUCAACAAGAUACUUUCUUGCAUCUGAAGCUGGAGAGAAUGAGGUUUACAGUCCAGUUCCAAGCCGUUGUUCUAAUAUUCAACCUGACAAUGCUUCAUUGGACGAGAAUGUUGAUUUUGUUCGUAACCCAAUUGAGAAUGAUACUCAUUCUUUGAAUGCUGCAAAAGUGAUAGCACAACCUCCAGUUGAUCAUCCAGAAAAGGAGAAUACUAAUCAUUUAGACAAAGAUUCUGAUGGUCUCAUCAGUCCGGAACCUACUUUUUGUUCAAUGAGAAAGUUGAAAGAAGACGGUAGCAAUAGAAAGCAUGUCGAGGGCAAGAUUACGGUCAAUACCAGCCUUUCAAACUGGUUGGUUGAAUCUGAAACCACACCAAAAUCCGUUGGUAAUUCUAGCUCCAUUGGAAACUCACCUAUGUGGUCAAGUUCAGCCAGAAGCUAUGAAGAUAGGCCAAUUUUAGGAGCAUUGACUCUUGAAGAGCUUAGACAGUUCUCUGCAUUUUCGACUCCGACGCGAUAUAGGAGUCGGAGUCCUGAGGAGAUCCCCAUCAUAGGCACUGUUGGGAGGUACUGGAGUCAUACAGAAGAGUAUGCAGAUUCCAUUCCACGCUCCUCUUGUUCGGGAUCAACGAAAGCGAAGAAGAGAAUCAGAGAAGAUGAGAGGGUCAACUGCAAUUCUACCCCAUUUCUAGAAAGGUUGGACACGGCUUUGGCAUCAAACUCUCCUAAAGUUUAGUAUGUCUCUUACUAGAACAUUGUAUGUGUGUGAUCUUGUCUUUUGUCAUUUCAGUUUGUCUUGGAGAACUGAGACCUUUCUUUUAGAUGUAAAAAGCUAUUAGAAAAAUAAGUACAUAGUAUUUUAUACAAUAAGUAUAAUAAGGUUCCUUCU